AUGGCGCAGAGCGCGAAGCCGCUGCCCGCGGCCAUGCUGCACGCCGUGGGCAAAGCCCAGCACGGCAGCUUCCUGGUGGCUGUCAAGCAGGAGAAGGAGGCGGCACGGCCGAGCGGCGAGAAGCCGCCCGGCGAGGAGGAGCCGGURAAGAAGAGGGGCUGGCCCAAGGGGAAGAAAAGGAAGAAGAUCCUCCCCAACGGCCCCAAAGCUCCCGUGACCGGCUACGUGCGAUUCCUGAACGAACGGCGCGAGCAGAUCCGCAUGCAGCACCCUGACCUGCCCUUCCCGGAGAUCACCAAGAUGCUGGGGGCGGAGUGGAGCAAACUGCAGCUCUCGGAGAAACAGCGGUACCUGGAUGAGGCGGAGCGGGAGAAGCAGCAGUACAUGAAGGAGCUGCGGGAGUACCAGCAGUCGGAGGCCUACAAGAUGUGCACGGAGAAGAUCCAGGAGAAGAAGAUCAAGAAAGAGGACACUGCCUCGGCAGCCGUGAACACCCUGCUGAACGGGCACCCGCAGAAGGCGGGUGAGUGCAGCGACACCUUCUCCACCUUUGACGUCCCCAUCUUCACGGAGGAGUUUCUGGACCAGAAUAAAGCGCGCGAGGCCGAGCUGCGGCGCCUGCGCAAGAUGAACACGGAGUUCGAGGAGCAGAACGCCAUCCUGCAGAAGCACACGGAGAGCAUGAACUGUGCCAAGGAGAAGCUGGAGCAGGAGCUGGCCCAGGAGGAGCGGCAGACGCUGGCACUGCAGCAGCAGCUCCAGUCCGUGCGGCAGGCGCUCACCACCAGCUUCGCCUCUCUGCCCAUCCCUGGCACCGGGGAGACCCCCACGCUGAGCACCCUGGAUUUCUACAUGGCCAAACUGCACAGCGCCAUCGAGAGCAACCCGCUGCAGCACGAGAAGCUGGUGGUUCGCAUCAAGGAGAUCCUCUCUCGGAUAGCCAGCGAGCACUUGUGAAGAGGAGCAGCGCAGCCGGAGCCUGGGGGCCGCCGGA